UUCGUGUGUUUUUGCUAGAUUCCUCGCUCCCCAACCAAAAUUUCAUGAAGCUGAAUAUUAAUUGACACGAUGAAGAUGCCGUUAAAGAAGUCUCUGCUUGUGUGCUGUUUGGUCGCCUUAUUCCUGACUUCUGCUUAUCGGUUAAUAAUCUACCAAUCUUACUCAUCAUCUUCGACCAAACUCAACUUGAGCAGACUUACUCAUCGAAAAGGAGGAGCCGGAGUUACGAACCCGCCCAAUGAAUCAUUUGCAACAUCACAAGCUAAAGACUGGGUGAAUGGAAAUACCACGAUCAAACCUGAUGCAGGAAUGGAGUCCUUGCUUUGGAAACCCCAAACUGACGAUGUAAAUCUCAAGGUAAUUUUCAUUUGCAUCCCUAAAACUGGAAGCCGUACGAUGGCUGGCCUGGUUAAACAACAACUCGGCGAAAAAGGAUUUCGUCAUGUCGGCGUUAGAUUUACGAAGGUUGAAGGUGACAGACGCAAACUCUUCAAUCAAAAAGGGAAGAUUCUUUUUGCCGGACAUACAAGACACAUGGAGUUUCAAUGGCGAACUCCUCCCAUUUACAUUAGUGUAACUCGUGAUCCGGUCGAAAGAUAUAAGUCAUUUUUCAGCUACUCUUUUUAUGGCGAUAGAGUUAACCCUGACUAUGCCGUGACAAACAUGAAGGAGAAUAGAGCAAAAAUGGCAAAAUCUAGAGGCGGUAACACUACUAUUCCGACCCUGAGUGAGUGUAUUUUGCAAGAAAUGCCAUUCUGUAUGAAACACGACUUCCUGCUUAAUACAACUUUGAAAUUGUUAUGCGGUUGGGACCCACGAUGCAGUGACGUUGGUGAGUGGGCAUACAACCAAGCCGUAAAGCACGUUAAUGGCGCACUUGCAGUUGGGGUGUCCGAGGAAGUUGACGAUUUUUUACGUGUCAUAGAACGCCUCGCACCAGAUUUGUUCAGCAAUAUAUAUUCUUCGUACAAACAGCCGAAAUCUGAUGCAGUUAAGCAGACCACUGCGACCAAAUCGGCGCAUAAGGAACAACUGACGUCAGAGGCCGAAGAGAAGCUACGAGGACUGAUGAAGAUGGAGUAUCGUAUCUACAACUAUAUUAAAGACCGCUUUCAUCAAAUAAAGAAAGAAUUGUUUUUCUCUGUGCAUUCUUAGAGAAUAUGUAGUGAAGUGCAUCUGUGCUUGGUGCUUUGAAAGUCAACUCCCCCUACCAUUUAUCUCUCCUUUGAUAUAAUAAACACGGUCAGCAAACCUGGGUAAUGUGAGUAAACUAAGGGUUGAGACAAUAGAAUUAGCUGUUGCAAACAACUUAGAAAGACUCUGCUAGGGUCGAAACGUCAGGCCAUUAACUAUUUUUUAAACUAAGGGAUGAUAAAUGUUCCCUUCUUGUAUUGUUACUGUCAUUACUUCUUCUAUGGAGCGUGCUGAAAAAUGUACACGCUGUUGCACAGUGGCUCAUACGAGGACGUGAGGGCGCUGUUCAUAUAGCAAUGUUUAUUACACUUACUGCUCAGUGUCCUCAAAUGAGGACGUAUAUAUAUAUAUAUGUAUUGAACGAAAACUCGAAAAAAAAUAUAUAUAUAAAGUAUAUAUUUACCAAUGAACAAAUCUUCCCUGUUAAUCUUUGAAGGAAAGGUACAAAUUGGGUGGAGAAAGUUGUGAAUUUCAUAGAGAAUCGAACAAGCGUGAGGAAGCAUUGAAGACAAUACAAAGUUAGACUAAUCUCCUGUCUUUAUCUGCAAGACAUGUUCUUGCCGCUGGAUCCAGUGAUUCCAUUGGAUACAAUGAUAUGAUAAACGUGCAGUGACACAGAUGCCGAGAUAGUAACUGCUGUCAAGUCCGCAAUAGAAUUUGACUGUGAAAUUAAUGAGCUCAAAGGUUAAACCACACUCCAGUUUUUGAUGCCGGUCUCUGGCGAAAAUUCACGAGCCUCGGAGAAUGACGUCAGACGUUCAGGCUAAUACAAAGGGUG